UCGUGUACAUGUUAUAUAGUUAAAUAAAUGUGGAAUAAUUUGUGCUUAGUAAUUAUAAAGACAAUAAACAUCCAUCAUUAUUCUUAACUAAGAUGUUAACAUUAUGUGUGUAUAUAUUUAUUCUUGUAUUCAUCGCUAUUCAUUUCAUUUUUAAAUUCAUUGUUAAAAUAAGAUUAGGAACACCGCCUAUAGGUAGUCUUAUUAUAGCCUAUAAGUAUUCACCCAAAGGAUUAUUUAAAAAUCUAAAUUUCUUUAGGAAGGAUGUUUUUUCAUCAUCAUUAUUUAGUUCUAUGAGGUUUUAUUACACUGAUCAGCUGGCAAAAGAAAUUGAAUAUGCUGAUGGUGUAAUUCUUAGUGAUACAGGCGUUUUUCCGAAUGAUCAUCUACUCUUUCUAGCAAAACAGAAUGGUUUUUCUAUAAUUAAAACCCCUGCCAUAUCUCAUGCAAUUUAUGUCACAUUUCCCAUUUUUCUUUCUCUUACUAUUACCAAAAUAUUUGCUAUUUUUGUAGGGUAUCCUACAAUUCGUCAGUUUUCUGAGGAGAGAAACUUGUGUGGUUAUCCUGUUUUAGAGGUUUAUUCUAAGCAUUCUGUUAUGCUUAUUGUUCCUCUCUUACGUCAAGAUGAGUUUGUAGUCCAAGAAGCUGAAAACAUUGUUUAUGGUCGAGAGUUCCUCUCUGUUUAUAAUUUCCAUAAUAAGAAACAAUUAUCAAAUCUUGACCUGUGUUCAAAUCAACAUUCUAUGAUACUAGAUAUGAAAAAUCUUAAAGGAUCAAAAUUAACUAAAAGAGAAACGAAAGGCUAAGUAAAUGGUAUUUGUCUAGCUAGCUGUUUCAAAAGUAACAUCUUCCAAGUUCAAGUCAUGGGUAUAGAUUACAUUUUUAAUGACUCUUGAAUAUAAAUAGUGUUAAGUAUAUAUUUUUGAAUGACGAGUUAAAUUUUAUGUAUUUUAUUGGUUUUGUUUUUCUUACUACAUUUUUGUUUCUAUUAAUUGUGAAGGAUAACUUUUCAUUAUCGAUAAAUUAAUUUCAAGUGUUCUUAAUCAAAUAUCUAUUUAAAAUUAAACAAAUAAAUAAAUCGUAUUUUUGAAAUCUAGGUUUUAAAUGUAUUUCAGUAUUUUAUUUAUUUUUAUGAUUCAUAGUUGUUUUUAUAAUUUUAAUAGAAUUGUUUGUACGUAAAGGUAUUGGCGUACAAUAGCUUGAGACUGAAAAGGAAGCACUUUACAUAUUUAUUCAUAAAUAAGUACUGGUUAUUAUUAUGUUUCAAUUUAUUACCUAAUUUAAAUGU